AAAAAGACAGCGACAUUAAAUUCUUAGAUUAAAUGAAUGGCUCUUACAAACGCAACGUGUUCGUUUAAAUUAAAACCAAAGUGAAUUUAAAUUCCUUAAAAUAUGUUUAUAUUAUUCAUUUUAAUUUGUGCAAUAAUCAUAUGUUUAUUAAUAAGUAAUUAUCAGAAGAAACGAAACGCAAUAUGUAAGUCAAAAAAGCAACUUACUGGGCGUACGACAAUAGUCACCGGUGGGACUAGUGGAAUUGGAUUACAAAUAGCCCUUGAUUUUGCCAGCAGGGGCGCCAAAGUUAUCAUCGCUUGUCCCUUUAAUGAUGAAGGAAUGCGCGCUCAAAAUCUAAUCAUAGAAAGAACAGGUAACCGAAAUGUGAUUUUCAAAUUUCUUGACUUGGCAUCCUUGAAAUCUGUUCGUGAUUUCGCUGACGAUGUAUUGAAGACAGAAGAUAGAUUGGAUAUAUUAAUGAAUAAUGCAGGUGUCGGCAUCACGGGCGAUUUUUUAACAGACGAUGGCAUGAGUUUUAUAAUGCAGGUGAACUAUUAUGGGCAUUUUCUUUUAUCUAUUCUCCUACUUCCGCUGCUGAUAAAAACUGGUAAGGAAUCCGAAAACAGCAGGAUAGUAAAUAUGACGUCGAUGACACGUUACAUUGGUUCUAUGGACGUAGAAAAUUAUGAUAAAAUUGGAUACUGGCUGAAAUUGAAAAUAUAUUCGAAUAGUAAAUUAAGUUUUAUAUUAUUUUCAAGAGAGUUAACUAAAAGGCUUGCGGGGCAUAAUGUUGUCGUGAACAGUGCAGACCCAGGUCUUGUAGGCACUUAUAUAUAUGACAGUUGCAAUGUAGUAAUCGGUUGGAUCUUGCGACAACUAUUGAAUGUGUUUUUCAAAAAUCCUCGGGAAGGAGCACAGACGGCUAUCCAUAUCGCACUGGAUGAGAAAUGUGGAUUGCUGAGUGGAAAAAUAUAUGAAAAUUGUGAAAUUGUUAAUAACAAAUUCUUUGAUAACAUUGAAAAUGCUUCAGAGAAAUUAUGGGAACGAUCGAUCGAGCUUGUAAAAUUAGAAAAUCAUGAAUUAAAAUUUUUAAACUAAAGUAACUAUUAUAUUCUAUUAAUUAUCAUCAAUAGUCUAGCAAUUACUGUAACAGUGAAUAUUUGAUUUAUUUCAUAUAUUAUAAUACAUCGUAAGGUAACUAAGUUAUGUAUUGUCCCAUUAUUAAGUUAUGUUAAUUUGCCGAAAAAAAAAGCCGAGAUGGCCCAGUGGUAAGAACUCGUGAAUCUUAACCGAUGAUCGUGGGUUCAAACCCGGGCAAGCACCACUGAAUUUUCAUGUGCUUAAUUUGUGAUUAUAAUUCAUCUCGUGCUUUACGGUGAAGGAAAACAUCGUGAGGAAACCUGCAUGUGUCUAAUUUCACUAAAAUUCUGCCACAUGUGAAUUCUACCAACCCGCAUUGGAGCAGCGUGGUGGAAUAAGCUCCAAACCUUCUCAUCAAAAAGAGGAGAGGAGGCCUUUAGCCCAGCAGUGGGACAUUCACAGGCUGUUACGGUUAAUUUGGAAGAUUUUGAGAACAAUCCUUAGGAAAUUAUAAAAACAGAAUAAAUUACUAACAUUGUUGUCAUUGUAUUAGCAUUGUCAAUUGUUCAAGUCGUGGAUGUGACUAAUUUUUAUAACAAUACAUAAUGUUGAGAAAUUUGUAUAUGAAGCUUAUAGUAGUAGAGGCAUCAUCUUUUAGUUUGUUUUCCUAAGGAACAUCUCUACAAUAAAUAACACCGUAAUAAGAUGUUAACCGAUGAAUUUUCAGAUGACAGUACAUGAAUGCGUAAUA